AUGCGGAAGCAAGUAGCCGGAGGCGGCCGCGAGCCGCCCGCCAGAACCCAGCGGAAGAGAAGCCGCCGCCCGUCUCCGCCUGAGGAGACUCCGCCUCAGCCCAGCGCCGCUCCCAACCGCGGGCGAGCAGGGCUUGAGGGGAUGCGGAGCGGGGACUGCUCCCGCGCUUUCGGAUGCUUGGCCUGGGACAGGAAGGAGCGGGGCGAGGCGGCGACGGCGGCUGGGUCCCUUACCUGUGUCCGGAGUAGGUGGCGACGGACGGACGGGGAUCAGCAGUCUCUGGGCGGCAACGGCGAGGCUGAGACUCUGUCCCUGGAUCUCGCAGCUCACAGGCUACAGCCGCUCCGCAGACACGGGGUUUCCUCCAAUCACCAGCCCCGGCAGCAGGGGCACCACACGCACGAUGACGUCAAACGCUGCUAUGGCAACCGUUGA